AUGAGUGAAAAGCGCAAAGAAGUUCGUGUGUGGUGUGAUGGAUGUUAUGACAUGGUACACUUUGGACAUGCCAAUUCUUUGAGGCAAGCCAAAGCUCUUGGUGAUUAUUUGGUAGUUGGAGUACACACUGAUGAAGAAAUAACAAAACAUAAAGGACCGCCAGUUUUUACACAAGAGGAAAGGGAAGUUCAAAGGACGGCUGGAGUUUCUACGACAGAUUUAGUAGGACGUAUGCUGUUAAUGACACGACAACAUUUCAAACAAGGUGAUAGUGAGUACAGCGUAGAUAGAGAACCAAGCGAAAGUAUGGGUCAAGAUAGAUCUGCUCGUAGUCCGUGGACAGGGUGCUCCCAAUUUUUACCUACAACUCAAAAAAUAAUUCAAUUCAGCGAUGGAAAAAGUCCGCAACCUGGUGAUAAAAUAGUUUAUGUCGCUGGAGCGUUUGAUCUGUUCCACGUUGGGCAUUUAGAUUUUCUUGAGGUGGCUAAACGAGAAGGAGAUUAUUUAAUUGUUGGUUUACACACUGAUCCCGCUGUUAAUCGUUAUAAAUGCGGUAAUCACCCUAUCAUGAAUCUUCAUGAACGAGUUCUCAGUGUAUUAGCAUGCAAGUAUGUCAAUGAAGUUGUUAUUGGUGCGCCCUAUGAAGUGACGAAAGAUUUGAUGGAACACUUUAAUGUAUCCAUUGUAUGCCAUGGUCAAACACCAAUUAUGCCAUGUGAAGGUGGCACUGAUCCUUAUAUUGAACCCAAAAGGCAAAAUAAAUUUAAAUUACUGAAUAGUAAGAAUGAUAUGACUACAGAAAAAAUCAUUGAAAGAAUUAUUUUACACAGAUUGGAAUUCGAGGAUAGAAAUUUAAAAAAGGAGAAAAAAGAAAUUGCUGCUUACGAAGCCUUCGUUAAAUCACAAAAUAAGGAAAUAUCUGAAUAA